UGUCCGAAUCGGCCCCGCCACAAGCUAGCUGUGUGACCCUGGGCGGGCUCCUUCCCCGAGCCUUGGCUUUCUCGUCUGUAAAAUGGGUACAGCCUUUCUCAGCGGUUGUGAGAAGGGGAGCUCUUAACACAGUGUCUGACAGUGAGCACUCGAGAAUCUGUGUUAUUGUUAUUUAGGAAGUUAGAAUUUGCAUGUAGAUUAUGGGAACCUGUUAGAGCGCGUCUCAGUUGCUGUGACUUGUCGCUAAUCCGUCUUGUGUUCUGAGACCCGGUAAGAUCCCCAUCUACACACUUUCCAAGGAAAAUAGACAUUUCAGUCUCUUUUAUUGGAUUUGAGGAUGACUGUGCUUGUAAUUUCGCAGUAGGUAUUCUAUGAAGAGUCUUAAGUGGAUAGAAGUUUUGGAAACCACGCUGGCAAAGGAGUUCUGUUGUGGCACAUUUGUAUCUCCUUUCGUGUAAAUGCAGGUUUUUGCACUUGUUUACUGGAUUUUAAGUUGCUCUGCUGUGAUCCAUCACCUUCUCCUAAAGAUGCAUCCUGACUUAUCUCCACACUUGCACACUGAAGAAUGCAACAUCUUGAUUAACUUGCUAAAGGAAUGUCACAAAAAUCACAGCAUUCUGAAAUUUUUUGGUCAUUGCAACGAUCUUGAUCGGCAGAUGAGAAAAUGCCUGAAGAAAGAGUAUGCGGAAAGGAGGACGAAGAGCAGGGAGCAUGGCAAUGUGAUGCGAAAGAGACUUUUUAAUUCUUCAGAGGAGUCCGAAAAAUGAAUUAUAUUUUUGCUGAGAGAAGACUGGAAGACUCUUGGUUGACAGUCAGAAGAAUCCUUUCUUAUUUGGUCUCCGUGAUCCUUGACUGGGAAGUGUGACUCACUUUUGUACUUGAAGAAAUGGAGGAACCCAAGAUUCUGGGUAUUUGCUGAGUGGAUCCUUUGGCAGUAGUAGUCUCUCAUGGCUGCCAACAAACCUGACUUCUAACAUGUUCCCUUCCCUUUGUCUACCACCAACUAAUAUUGAGUAACUUGCCUCCCACAAUAAAAUAACUUAUUUUAA